AUGAAGCACCCAUUUCAAAUUCUCACAUCAAGCACAGAUGGCAAACUUCUUAUAGCGUCUGCAUCGUCACCAUCAAACGAAUCUAGUCUUCUUCUUUUGCUGCCGGAGCUGGGAGAUGUACUAUGUCAACAAAAUGUACCACAGCCCAUUUACAUCAAUUAUCUGGAAACUGGACCCGAUAAGGUCCUCAUAACAGCUGAUGUUGAUAAAAACAUUACCAUAUAUAAACUUGAAAACAAUGAGCUUCACCAAUUGAAACAGCAACCAAUGCCGAAAAGACUUAGUGGCAUCUCAAUACUCAACAGUGAUGCAAUAGUUUGCGACUCAUUAGGGGAUGUCUACCAAAUCACAAUCGACACUCAACCAGCAGUGAAAAAAGAAGACUUGAAACCACUUUUGGGACACACGAGUCCUCUCACUGCAGUGGUUGCAGCACAAUACAAAAACCCGCCUAAAUCGUUUUUGAUAACCAGCGACCGGGAUGAACACAUACGAGUUUCAAACUACCCCAAGUCGUAUGUCAUUAAAGGAUUCUUGUACGGCCAUACACAAUUCGUAUCGCAAAUUCAUUUGUUUGAAAUAUGCAAAGAGUCAAGACUCGUGUCCGGAGGCGGCGAGGGCAAGUUAUUUUUCUGGGACUGGUUUAGAGAGGUUUUGAUUACCGAAUUCGACUUGAUGCCAUAUGUUGAAGAAUACCUCCACGAGUUUCAUAUAAAGAAAAGUAGCAAAACCAAAGAAGAACAAGAUGUACAAAAAGAACAAGAAGUAGAAAAUAUACAACCCAAAUAUGAAAUUGGAGUGCAAAAGAUUGACUCUAUCGAAGGUGAGGAUGGUGUUUUUAUUGUGACAUUGGUUGAAAAUACUUCAUGUCUAGUUGUGGUUCAUUUCACCGAUGAGGCCAAACACGCACAAACAAUUCAACUUGCUGCUCCCGCAGUGACAUUUGCCAUUGUUGGAAACAAAUUGUUUGUUUCACUCGAUGCUGAAAACGAUAAUAUAUUAACAAUUUACAAAUUUGUUGAUGGACAGUUUGUAAAUGACGAUGAAGCACAAUCAAGCAUUGCUGAAAGAAUUAUACUGGCCAACCCCAUUAACGUUGAAGACAAGAGCAAGUUUGCACCAUUCUACAGUAUCAACCAGCUACGCAAAAGAGGAAACAAUUACAGUUAG